GCUGCUGAUUGUAUCUUUCUCUUCGUGCAUGUCUGCUUGGAAAAAUAGAAAUAUGGCUCAAGGCAAAGGUUCUGGUGAAGCUUCAACAAAUAUUGAGAAGCAAAGUAUUUAUCGUAUACCGCCAUAUUACUACUUGCAUGUUCUUGAUCAAACUACUAAUGUAACUCGUGUAGAAACUGGUCCAAAAACUUAUAUUCGACAGGAAAAUGAACAUGUAAUCCUUGGACCUCAAAAAAUGAUCAUAAUUCCACCAUGCCACUUUUGUGUAAUACGCAAUCCUGUUAUGCGAAGUGAAGAAAAUGCUUUGAUAAUUGAUAAAACAGGUCAGAUUAAACUAAAGCAUGCUGAUUUUGAAGUAAGGUUAGAGCAAGAUCCAUUUCCAUUGUAUCCUGGUGAAAUUAUACACUCUGAUGUCACACCCUUAACUGUUGUUCCUUCAAACAGUGCUCUGAGACUAAAAGCUGUUCGAGAUUUUGAAGAUGGGGAUGUAAAACAUGUAGCGGGAGAUGAAUGGCUUUUUGAAGGCCCUGGAACCUUUGUGCCAAGAAAGGAAGUUGAAGUUGUGGAAACAGUUUCAGCAGAGGUUAUUAAUCCAAACCAAGCUUUAAAACUCCGUGCUCGUGCUGAAACUAAAGACCGUGAUGGUAAGCUAAGGGUAACUGGGGAAGAAUGGAUUGUUAAAAAAAGUGGAGCCUAUUUACCAGGAGCCUAUGAAGAAGUUAUAGAUGUAGUGAAUGCAUAUGUAUUAACUGAGAAAGAAGCAGUUCAUGUCAAAGCUCAAAAAACUUUUGUUGAUGAUUUUGGCAAAACAAGGAAAAAUGGAGAAGAGUGGUUAGUCACUAUCAAAGAUACUGAAACCUAUAUUCCCGGAGUCUAUGAAAAUGUGUUAGGUUUAGUCAAUAUUACUACUCUCUCUAAUCGUCAAUAUUGCGUGAUUCUUGAUCCAAUUGGCACUGAUGGGAAACCACAGUUUGGGCGAAAGAAACUGAUAAAGGGUGAAAAGUCCUUUUUCUUACUUCCUGGUGAAAGACUGGAAGCUGGAAUUCAAGAUGUCUAUGUUCUUGGUGAAAAUGAAGGCCUUAUAUUACGAGCCAGAGAAGCAUUUCAAGAUAGCAGUGAAACACCUGCAGUUGCUCGAAGCCCUGGAGAUCGUUGGAUGAUAAAAGGUCCAGCGGAGUAUAUUCCACCUGUUGAAGUAGAAAUUGUUACAAAGCGCUACGCUAUAGCUUUAGAUGAAAGUGAAGGAAUUUAUGUUCGAAAUAUUAAAUCUGGGCAUGUUCGCCUAGUGUCUGGCUCAACAUACAUGUUGACUCAAGAUGAAGAAUUGUGGAUUAAAGAAUUGCCAGCUCAAGUACAAGAACUUCUAACUCAAGGAACUGACCCUUUAAGUGAUCGUGGUACAUGGAGGAUGCGAUCAGCAAAUGCACCAGCUGUGCAGACCAAGACUCACAAAUCAGAAGAGGAUGGGGCCAAAGCUAUUACCUUACGUGUGCCGCAUAAUGCUGCUGUUCAAGUAUAUGAUUAUAAGAAAAAACAAUCAAGGGUUGUUUUUGGUCCUGAUUUGGUUAUGCUGGCUCCUGAUGAACAGUUUACCCAGCUCAGUCUAUCUGGAGAUAAACCGAAAAGACCAAAUGUGAUUCGUACACUUUGCUUACUCUUGGGUCCUGAUUUUUGCACAGAUAUUAUAACUGUAGAAACAGCUGACCAUGCAAGACUUUCUUUGCAACUCUCCUAUAAUUGGUAUUUUGAUACUACUGACAGAAGUCCUGAUGCAGCUAUAAAAUUAUUCAGUGUUCCAGAUUUUGUAGGAGAUUUGUGCAAAGCUGUGGCUUCUAGGAUCCGUGGAACUGUUGCUGGAACUAAUUUUGAUGAUUUUCAUAAGAAUUCCGCAAAAAUAAUCCGCACGGCUGUUUUUGGGCUAGAUGACAACAAAAAAGUCAGAAAGACUUUCAGCUUCCCUUCGAACAACCUUCAUAUAACAAGUGUAGAUAUUCAGAGUGUGGAACCAGUGGAUCAAAGAACUCGAGAUUCCCUACAAAAAUCUGUUCAAUUAGCUAUCGAGAUAACAACAUCAAGUCAAGAAGCCACUGCAAGACAUGAAGCUGAACGAAGAGAGCAAGAAGCUCGUGGGCGACUUGAACGUCAACGAAUAUCUGAUGAAGUCGAAGCUGAAAAAUCUAGAAAAAGCUUAUUGGAACUGAAAGUUAGCAGUAUGGCAAUUGAAAACUGUGGUCAGUCAAAGGCAGAAGCUCUUAGUCGUACUGAAGCAGAAAGAAUUGAGAGUGAAGCAGCAGUAGAGAAAGCGAAAGCAAAAGCAGAAGCUUUAAAAAUAGAGGCUGAAAUGGAAUUGGAAAGAUUGCAAAAAGCACGUACUGCAGAGUUAGACUACCUUUCAAAGAAAAAUGAACUUGAAAUUGCAAAGUCUCAGCAACUGGCAGAGAUUGAAAUUAAGAAAUGCACAAGUCUGAUUCAAAGCUUAGGUACUGAUACUAUUAAGUCGGUAGCUGCAGCUGGUCAAGAUUUUCAAGUAAAAUUGCUUCAAGGAUUGGGUAUUCAGUCUGCACUCAUUACUGAUGGCAAUACUCCAAUUAAUCUUUUCAACACUGCACAAGGAUUUUUAGGGCAAGCCAUGAUGUCUGGUUCUCUUUCAAAGAAGCAGCGUACUGAUAGUGUUUCUGAUAUGUAACAGAUGAUUUCAGUACUGCUCAAAUUACCUUUCAUUAAGUGCAAAAUAUAUAGUUUUAAGCAGGUUGCUUUUUGUACUUAUAAUUUUCAUUGCUCUUCCUUUUAGAAAGUAAUUUUGAAGCUUUGAUGAAAAUUUCAAGACACUAAUGGCGCUACAGUAUAAAUUUAGCACAAACAAUAUGAGAGUAUUGUAUUUUUGUAUUUAAAAAUUUCAUCGUUUUUGUUAAAUUUUAAGCUUUAUAAACAUACAGAUAUUUUGGAAAAUGAUUUUCAACCUCUCAUUAAGAAAAGUGGUUAUUUUAUUUGAAUUUCUUUAAUUGUUCUUAUUUCUAGAAAUGCUUAUAAAUUUACAGAACUCAACUGUAAAUUGCUGUAACUGAAAGUUGAUCAUUCUUAUUUAAUUUUAAAGUUUCUCUGUGGUGGAAAAUAAUUGUUAAAGGUUUAUUAAUAAAAAGCUCUUUUAUUAGUAAUUUUAUCUUAUCAAUCUUUUUCUCGUUGUGAAAAGUAUUGAUAAGAGAAUUUUAUGCAAUAUAUAUAUAUAUUAAAAUAUAUAGUAAAGAGACUUCGAGCAUAAAUGUAGCCUGCUAAUUGUUUUAAACAGUGUAAGGUAAAAAUUUAUUUGAACUUGGAUUUGAAUUUAAUUUUUGAGAUUGUGUACCAAGUACUUCAAAUCUCAAGCAAGUAGAAAAUGUUCUAUUUGUAACUAUGCUGUAUUUUUUUAAAGUAUGACUCAUGAUCACUAGCAUUGCAACCAGCUAAAAAAAUUAUGGUGCUUUUUUUUUAGAGCUUUAUUGUUUUGCAUAGCAAUAAGCUCAGUAUUAGAUUCUCGAGCUUGUCAGUUAAAUGUACUACCAUCAUUAGUAAAAGACAACCAUUUCUAUGUCACCCAUUACUAAUUACAUUCCAAAAGUGUGCAUUGUGUAAAUGCUAGUACGGGAUCAAACUAAUGAUUUGGGACCUAAGAAGAAAAA